AUGUCUACGCCACCGGUGGUCAAUUUUAUCACUGGCAACGCCAACAAGUUGCGCGAAGUCAAGGCAAUUCUAGAACCUGCCAUUACUGUACAGAGCCAGGCAGUUGACCUAGAGGAAGUCCAAGGUACAGUAGAGGAAGUCACCUUGGCCAAAUGCCGCAAGGCAGCAGAGACGGUUAGCCCCUCCACCCACUGCGAAAAUAGUUAUCUUAUCCAAGGCCCUGUCCUCGUUGAAGAUACUUGCCUCUGCUUCAAGGCCCUCAAUGAUCUCCCCGGCCCUUACAUGCAAGUGCUCUUUUACUCCAAAUGUCUUUCAGCGCCUAGCAAGUGGUUCAUGCAGUCCAUUGGUCACCAUGGUCUAAACAAUCUUCUCGUUGCUUACGAGGAUAAGUCUGCCGAUGCUGUCUGCACCUUCGCCUAUUCACCCGGCCCCGGUCAUCAGCCUGUCCUGUUCCAGGGGCGAACAAGGGGCAAGAUUGUCCCGCCUCGAGGCCCGGCCGAUUUUGGCUGGGAUGCCAUCUUCGAGUACGAGGGACAAACCUACGCCGAGAUGGAUAAGGCCGCCAAGAACAAGAUCUCCCACCGCGGUCUCGCUCUAAGGAAGCUGCAGGACUGGUUCGCGCAACAGCGGGCGAGCUAG